AUGCGAGUGAGAGAGACUGAAAAGAAUGAAACUAAAGAAAGUAGCCUGAUGUUAAUGGUUAUACAGCACUUUACUUCUUUAUUCUGGAUAUCCACAGGAGUGACCAUUCUACUGUCGCUGACAGUCUUCUUGAACCUCGUUGCCGAGAGUAUGCCAACGACUUCGGACGCUGUUCCGCUAAUAGGUAUACACCCUUUUCUCUUUUCACCCGCUCCCUGUUAUCAUAUUAUGACAACAACUAGUUGCCCGAAAGAACAUAGUCUUUUUAACACACUUUUUGCUAUUACUGUCAGUUCACGAGUGCUGUGUGUCUAUGUAUGUACGUACGAGUGCCUUUGUUAA